AAAAAAAAAAAAAAAAUGCAAAUGAACGGACACUUGAAACGACGCAACUGAAGGGGCGAAUCGUGCAACUCGCUUGAUAAUUUUCAACCAAUUUGCCAUGGACGAGCAACAAUUUGCCGCUGACGAAGAGCAGCCGGAAGUGUCUGAAAUGGCUUCGGAGGAGCCGAUCAUGUCUGAUGAGGCUGGAAAUCCGGCAACGGAGGAGAAUGAGGACAUUCCAGCCCCUCAUGACUCAGGAGAACCGUCGUCUGCCUCAAAAAUGGCGAUGGAUGAGUUUAUUCGAGCGUCUUCCGAACAGCUCGAAGGCUGUGAGUUUUCGUUGCUCAUAGUGCUGCAACCUGACAACGUGCGACAUCGAGUGACUGUCACGGCCGAGACUACACUUGGAAAUCUACGAAAAAUUCUGUGCACCGAUUUACAGCUAAACCCUGAACUUGUGAGCUUCCCAGAUCUUCAUGGACUUCGAGAUGCAGACCAGAACGAAGAGAACUUGCCACUAUCAGUGUACGGAUUACCUGGAGGGAAUUCCGAGUGCACUCUCGAAGCAUACGUCGCCAGACCUCCCACCACUAGCAACUACGUCAUGCCAGAUCGUAUACAAGUCCAGGUUUACAACGAGGAGACCGAUAGUACCAGCAUAAUAACCGUGGAGAUAGAGAAAUUCACCGGUCACAAGUUGUAUCUAGGGGGCUUCAAACAUCGUAAAACACUGCAGCAAUUCCAUCACGCCUCCACUCAGACCGUUUUAUCCCGCGCACGUCAUAAUAUGGGUCCGGCAAGGUUCCACCGCGAGACCCAAACGCAACAACUCGUGACUCGCUCUCUACAGACACAUCGUGAGUCCGGUACUCAAAUGUCUCGACGGGAUCUCAAACUCGACGAAUCCUUCGAUCGCCAUGUUACAGCUCGCCCUUACUUCGAUUCGUACCAAUUAGACAGUCUUCGUGAAGACUCUGUACUCCUCAUGCAGCGUUGGUGGCGCGGGUUUCGUGCUCGCCUAUACGUCUAUAGUAUACGCGAACAACGUCGCCGAGUGACCAAUCUAGCAGAGAUCGAAGCCCAUGAGAACGAGGCCGAAGACGUGAGCCGCCAACGUCGCGAGGUUAAUCGCCGUAUGCACCCGAACACCGUAAGCGACUUCGAGAUUCUCUACAAUGAACUGGAAAAAUGGCGACAAGUUGAAUGCCGUAAAGUUCGAGAGCAACGAGAACUUGAUCCGUCCGAGAGACAGCGCGCUCUUGACGCUAUUCUGGCUAAAGAGACCAAAUUACUUCAGACUAUUGACAGACUCAAGCUGACAGCCACAGAGGCAAACCGUAAGCAGCGUAUUGAAGCCAUGUUACAGUUUAUGGCACGUCCGAAGCAGUGGCAGAUGAGUGACGGAGGUGUUAAAGAGGUGCAUACACCGUUCACAGUUCGUGCCAAGGAGCUCAUGGACCUGUACCAUGGACUACGUACACCACUCAGUUCAGUGGACGAACGUUUGGACAUGUUGCUGCAUGUCAAGUGGACAGUGCAAGAGUUCGACUGUGCUCUUACUCGAGAGCUGGUGGAGCUCAUUGAUCGUGAAGCGGACAUGCUCAGUCGCGGACGGAAGGAGAAGAGUCUUGAGGGGCUACGCAAACGACUUACAAAUCUCUUUCUGCAGUUUAUUGAAACCCCGGAAUUCAAUCCGGAGGCUGCUGCACUCAAACACUCGCGUGCUUAA